AUGCUUGGGGUAGGAAUCAAUGCGCAGAAGUUGGUUCCAUGCACGUCGACUCGAACGGCCGUCCGAUUUAUUCGAGCCAGAUGGGAGCGCCCCUAUUUGAAAGAUCUCUAUCAUCGACGAAUGCUUCUUGGCGCUGAUCCGGAAAUCCAUCGAUCGUCGUUUCCUAAUUGUGUUCGUAACCAUCAUUGCAAUGCGGCUGUUGCUGCUUCGCAACUCUGGGCCCCUCUCAAUUCGGAAAUUGAUGUUGCGUCGGAUGCUUUCGUUCAAAACAAAAGCUCAAUGGAAGAAAUCGUUUCGGACCUACGGAAUAAAAUUGCCAAAAUAUCAAUUGGUGGCGAUGAAAAGGCGCGUUCUCUCCAUCGCAAACGGAAUAAAUUGAUGGCACGCGAGAGAAUUGAAACGUUAAUUGAUCCAGGCACUGCGUUUCUGGAGCUGAGUCAACUAGCCGGUUACGAGAUGUACGGUGAUGAUGUCCCUGCAGCAGGCAUUGUGACGGGAAUAGGAUCAGUCGCUGGAAAAACCUGCAUGAUUGUUGCGAACGAUGCUACUGUAAAAGGAGGAACUUAUUAUCCGAUGACGGUCAAAAAGCAUUUGAGAGCCCAAGAUAUCGCACGGGAAAACCGUUUACCAUGCAUUUAUCUUGUCGAUUCGGGCGGUGCAAAUUUACCACGCCAAGCUGAUAUCUUUGCUGAUUCACAACAUUUCGGUCGUAUUUUUUAUAAUCAGGCGACCAUGUCAUCCGAUGGAAUCCCACAAUUAGCCGUGGUGAUGGGCUCGUGCACUGCUGGUGGAGCUUACGCAAUCAUUGUUCGUAAAACUGGAACCGUAUUUCUUGGAGGACCUCCGUUGGUUAAAGCAGCAACUGGAGAAGAGAUUUCGGCUGAAGCUCUUGGUGGUGCCGAUCUACAUUGCAGCGAAUCUGGAGUUACUGAUUAUUAUGCGCACGAUGAUCAACACGCUUUAGCCUUGGCUCGAGCUGCGGCCGCUGGAUUGCCUUCUCAGACGCCAGCUUUCGAACAAGAAUUUGAAGAGCCACUGUUUCCCGCUGAAGAGAUUUACGGAAUAGUUGGCUCUAACCUGAAAAAAACAUUUGAGGUGCGUGAAGUCAUUGCUCGAAUAGUUGAUGGUUCACGAUUUGAUGAAUUUAAGCCCCGUUAUGGAGAAACUUUGGUGACGGGUUGGGCGCGUUUAUAUGGAAGACAAGUCGGAAUCUUAGCGAACAACGGUGUACUUUUUUCGGAAUCAGCAGUGAAAGGAGCUCAUUUCAUCGAACUUUGUGCUCAACGUGGGAUUCCUCUUCUUUUUCUGCAAAAUAUCACUGGGUUUAUGGUUGGUCGUGACGCAGAAGCGGGCGGUAUUGCAAAACAUGGUGCCAAAUUGGUAACAGCCGUUGCUUGUGCUCGAGUACCGAAGAUUACUGUUUUGAUUGGGGGCAGUUAUGGGGCUGGAAAUUAUGGAAUGUUUUUGUUUAUGUGGCCUAAUGCUCGUGUAUCGGUGAUGGGUGGAGAGCAAGCUGCAAAUGUCCUUGCCACAGUGCAAAAGGAUAAAAGAGCGAAAGAAGGCAAAACAUGGACUCCAGAGGAAGACGCAGCUUUACGGAGACCUGUGGAGGCUAAAUACGACAAAGAGGGACAUCCUUAUUUUGCUUCUGCACGACUUUGGGAUGAUGGAGUCAUUGAUCCAAAAGAUACGAGAAAAGUCGUUGGAUUAGCUUUACAGGCUUGCCUCAACAAACCAAUUGAAAAGACAACAUUUGGCGUUUUCCGAAUGAAUUACAACGCUGAAGUGUAUGCACUUGGCCAUAGAUUGGGAGCUAAUCAUGUCUUACCGGAGCAAUGGCUUCAAGCUUUUACCACCCAAAGUUAUGCAUCAAGAGCUGAUGUAACAGAAGGGGCGAGAGAUGCUCGACCUACGCUGGGCAACUCUGCUUUGGAGUCGGUGGCUGAUCACAAAGCUCUUCGAGAUCACGGCUCAAAAAUUUUGCUAUCACGAGUAGCUGCAUACUUGCGGUUCCAUCUACCUAAAGCACCAGAAGAACUGAUCCAAUCUGUUACAUUACAGCUAACCAGCAAUGAGCUUUUGAGCGAGAUCGGAAAUGUUUUGGGAGUAAAAGUGCUGGUACGAACCUCGGAGCAUCCCGCAAGCUCCAGCAGCGUGGCUGAUUGCGUGUGUGCUUUACUUGGUGUUGUUGGAGACAAAACGGCUACACGACUAAUUGUUGAUUUUAUUAUUCCUCAACUUCUGGACGUAGAUUUUUGCGAAGCACUACCAUUGGAAGCACCUUAUGAAGUGAUGGAAGCCAUUCUCAAAAAGCAGGGUGUCCAAGAGGUGGAGGCGCGCCUAAUUAAAUCUGCGGGUGUUGUCAGUGCUGAACCCUUAUAUGUCGUUGGAAUUUAUGCAGAUAAGGAGUUGAUUGGACAAAGUGCGGGCGAAUCAUUAUUCAUAGCAGUCGAUUUAGCAUCCAGGGAUGCUUUAUUGAAAAUGUGGGAUAUUGUGCCAGAGAAAGUCUUUUUCUUUGGUGAUCGAGCAGUAAACGAUGUUGAUUUUAAAGCAUAUCAACAACCGCUUUCUUCGUUAAGCGCGCUUUGCGGCAAAGGGGUAAACAUUUCGCUUGAGACAACCGAGCCCGAUUCCGGAUUGAAUUUGGUCGAGGCUGCAUUGCGUUGGCGCAAUGAGAUUGAACCUGUUGUUGGCAGAACAUACACUAAGCGGUUGCGGCACAAAUUCUCGCGAGGAUCCCUUCUCAGACGGACUUUCCGAUAUUUGAUCAAACCACGUGUUUAUACUGUUGCU